GGGAGAGCGGAUAUAGUGAAUGCCGGGUCCGGGGAGAGCGGAUAUAGUGAAUGCGGGGUCCGGGGAGAGCGGAUACAGUGAAUGCGGGGUCCGGGGAGAGCGGAUAUAGGGAAUGCGGGGUUCGGGGAGAGCGGAUAUAGUGAAUGCGGGGUCCGGGGAGAGCGGAUAUAGUGAAUGCGGGGUCAGGAGGAGAGCGGAUAUAGUGAAUGCGGGGAGAGCGGAUAUAGUGAAUGCGGGGUCCGGGGAGAGCGGAUAUAGUGAAUGCCGGGUCCGGGGAGAGCGGAUAUAGUGAAUGCGGGGUCCGGGGAGAGCGGAUAUAGGGAAUGCGGGGUCCGGGGAGAGCGGAUAUAGUGAAUGCGGGGUCCGGGGAGAGCGGAUAUAGUGAAUGCGGGGUCAAGAGGAGAGCGGAUAUAGUGAAUGCGGGUCCGGGGAGAGCGGAUAU